GAUGCGCAUCCCGUGAUGCCUCGCGCAUGUGAAUCACGAGCCGAGUGCCGAGAGGAACGAGGGAACGCAAGACGAGAGGCCUGGGCCGGUCUUCUUCAUUCGGCAAUCGGACGAUACGGACGUGUCGUGCAGUCGCAGUACGAUCCUUUACUCGAGUGUAUCCAUUUGCAACAGCGUUGCGUGCGAGUCCACGUGUUUAUUUACGCCGUGCGUAAACGUAAAAAAGCGACGAUGGCCGAUCAGGAAGGCAAGGAUUUCAGCGAAGAUAUUGCGGAGCAGAACUUCGCCGAGCAGAACGGCGAUGCCGAGAACGGCGGUGCCGGCGGCGACGCCGCGGACAACAGUCAGGAAUCUCAGGAGGACAGGUCGGCUGGAGCUAACCAGGAUUCUCUGAACGAUAGGAAAUUAUUUGUUGGCGGUUUAAGUUGGGAAACAACCGACAAGGAACUGAGGGAACAUUUUAGCACAUACGGCGAUAUUGAAAGCAUCAAUGUCAAGACAGAUCCUAAUACAGGACGAUCAAGAGGGUUUGCCUUUAUCGUCUUUGCUAAGGCUGAAUCUCUCGAUAAGAUUAUGGCAGCUGGUGAUCAUGUUAUCAAUAAUAAAAAGGUUGAUCCUAAGAAAGCAAAAGCCAGACAUGGUAAAAUAUUUGUUGGCGGUCUUUCAACGGAACUUUCCGACGACGACAUUAAGAAUUUCUUCUCGCAAUUUGGAACUAUCGUCGAGGUAGAGAUGCCAUUCGACAAAACAAAGAAUCAGAGGAAGGGAUUCUGCUUUAUCACUUUCGAAUCUGAACAAGUGGUUAAUGAACUACUGAAGACUUCAAAACAAACAAUAAAUGGUAAAGAGGUCGACGUAAAGAAGGCGACACCCAAGCCCGAUGGUAUGAUUGGUAUGCGCGGUGGACCAGGCAAUCGUGGUGGUCGUGGUGCCAGGGGUGGCCGAGGUCGUGGAUUCGGUCAAGGCGGAUGGGGACAAAGCGGAUACGGCGGCGGUUAUGGCGGUGGCUACGGCCAAGGAGGAUACGGCGGUGGCUACGAUGGAUAUGGAUACGAUUAUUACGGUGGCGGUGGGUACGGAGGUUACGGUGGCUACGACUACAGUGGAUACGACGGAUACGGCUACGGCGGUGGUAAUUACGAUGGUGGCUACAGUGGUGGGCGUGGUGCACGCGGCAAAGGAGGUUCAGGCUAUGGUGGCAAGCAGAGAGGUGGUGGUGGUCGUCAGAACCAGAGGCAUCAACCCUAUUAAUGAGGAGAUUUUCCUCAUUUGCGAAUGCAAUACAAUUUGCAUUGUAACUGCCGGUAUUACGAAGCGGGAUUCCCGUUCAAGAUCAUAUUAUUCGUCCAAUCAUUCCAUUAAAUCACGUUAUCUUCAGCAAUAGUACUGAAAUACGAAUAUUCAAACAUCAGAAUUUUAACAGAAAUCAUUCGUUAUUUUCUUUUUUGUGUAUAUAUAUGUGUAUGUAUAUAUAUAUAUAUAUAUAUAUAUAUAUAUAUAUAUAUAUAUAUAAAACAUGCUUUUCAAUUACCAUAGAGUUUAUUACCAUUUACGUCCGCAUCGCAUAGCAUAUCGUGAAUAUUUAUAUUGAUAGAUCAUUUUAAUUUUGUCUACAAGAUAUAUAUAUGUAUAUGUAUAUAUAUAUAUGUAUAUAUAUAUAUAUGUAUAUAUGUAUAUAUGUAACACGAUGUGGUGAAAAAAACUACCGUAUAUGAGUAAGCAGGCAAUGUACUUUUUACAUAACAUGCAGAAAUAGUGAGUAAGAAAAGGAAAUACGAGAUAAAUCGAACUGUUUAUAAUGAGUGUGCGAAGUAUGAAAUAAGAUAAAAGGAUUGCUGCUUCCCCUCUUAUUAAUAAUAAUAGGAUUAAAUAAUAGAAUUAAAUAAAUGCUCGUUUUGUGUACAUAUCUCAUAUAUAUAUAUGUUAAUUCUGCUUUGACCUCCUAUACGGUAACUUAUUUUUUUCUUUUUAAAACGCGACAUGUACACAUUUCUUUGAAACGUAUAGGAAUUAAUCAUUUAUAUAUUAGACUUAAAUAAGACUGACACAUGCACAUAUACACUUAUGUAUCAGACUUAUUAAUAGAACUAAUACUCUGUGAAUUCCGUCAUACACGCGCUCUGUAUAAGCAUCCUCAUCCUGGAAAAUGAUGAUGCACUUAAAUUGUCGCAGUGUGCGCUAAGACAGAAUUCUUGCUCGAUCAAAGAACAGCGCAUGUACAUUAUAUUUAUAUAUCGACAUUCUCAUUCUACAAGAUGAGAAAAUUGUCACAUUAAGAUUUUUAAAAGUACAACAGACAAUAUUGUAUUGAAAAUAAUGCAAUAUUUAGAUGCAUUGUAUUUUUUGUCCGAGUACAUAUUACGUUCUAAUCUUAUGUCACACAAAAAGUAUUACAUUAUACAAAAUAAAAAGAUAAUCUUAUGUUAGCUGAAAUUUAUUUAAAAUAAAUAUUUAUUAAAAAUAUUAGAAA